AUAAUUUGGUUUUGACUUGUGACUUUCAUAAUUCGGUUUUGUCUUAUGACUGUCAUCCCCAUAUCUUCAUUUGAAUGUCCUAAUUCGUCACAUUAUCGUUUAUUAUCAGCGAUCAUAGUUGUAUCACUAAAGCAACUAGCCAUUGUCAGUGGACAAAACAGUAUGCUGCAUUUACUCAUUUUUGUUAUGUAUGUGUCGCUUGCAGUUUGUCAGAACACGGUAACCAUAGAUACUCCAAUAGGAAAAAUAACUGGCUUGCACCAGUCUAAGGUUAUUGGUCCUCAAAACUACACUUAUAAUGAAUUCAGGCGUAUUCCAUUUGCGAAACCACCAGUGGGAGAUCUAAGAUUUCAAAAACCUGUUGCGUUUGGUUCCUGGAAUCAAACAUUGAACGCUACAUAUUUUGGAAGUGCUUGUAUUCAGGGACAACCUUCCGAAAUAGUUAGUGGAUUCAUUCCUAACAAUUAUACCAUAUCUGAAGAUUGUUUAUUUCUUAACAUCUACGUCCCAACCAGUAAAUUGUCGUCCGCUGCCAAAAAGGCUGUAAUGAUUUGGAUUCAUGGAGGAUCAUAUAUUACUGGCACAGGAAUGUUAUAUAAUGGUGCAUAUAUGGCAUCAGUCGGUGACGUCAUCAUUGUCACAGUGAACUACCGUCUUGGUGUUUUUGGAUUUCUAAGUACUGGGAACGAAAAUGCUGUCGGAAAUUAUGGACUUUGGGACCAGAAAAUGGCUAUUGAAUGGGUUAAGGACAACAUUGAAGCGUUUGGGGGAGAUACCAGUAACGUUACUAUAUUUGGAGAAUCUGCCGGCGGUUUUAGUGUUUCUUUACAUAGCCUGAUUCCACAGAAUAAAGGUUUAUUUAACCGCGUGAUUGCACAAAGCGGAGUCUCCACUUCCUUUGUCGCAACCGAAUUUAAUAUAACAUAUUACACGAACAGGAUUAUAAACGUUUUAAAGUGUACGUCUCCCCAGCAGUCUGAAGAAAUAAAAUGUCUGAAAAAUAAAUCGGCCGCUGAUGUCCAAAAUGCAUACAACUUCCUGUACAGUUUACCAGUUACAGACCCUCACGAUUUUCUCGUGUUUGCACCAAGGGUAGACCGAGAUUUGCUUAUGGACCACCCAAAAAUUCUUCUGAAGAACCGGUCUUCCGAAGCUUACAUGUUUUUCCGUUCACUGGACAUGAUUGUUGGUAAUGUUAAUUCUGAAGGCUCCUUACUUCUUGGUAAUCCGUUGACAAGGUUACAGAAAGCAUACCGAUUUAACAUAGAUCUCGGAAUUCCUCGGUCUGUAUUGUGUAAUCACUUAGCAACAACAAUGGCUUUGGACGACUACAACAACAACACUAAAAUAGCACCGGCUGUUUGCCAAAAAUAUGGUUAUUCCUUAGGACUUUACCGCAGUAUGAACAGCGUUUACUAUUAUGGGGAUAUUUAUUUCUACAGUAAAACGGUUGAAACGUUAAAUUUUCACUCUGAUGGAACUCCAUUAUCAAAGACAUUUCAAUAUUUAAGUACCAAGAGAACUAUCCUCAGCAAAAGAAUACCAUUGUGGUUUGAAGGAGCAAGUCAUGCAUCAGAAAUACCAUUGCUCUUUCCGUUUUAUGACUUCCUUUCAAACACAUCUGAAGAUUUAACACUAAGCUUAACUGUGAUGAAAUACUGGACCAACUUUGCAAAAUACGGAGAUCCGAAUGAUGAGAAACUUCCAAGCUGGUCACCCUAUACACAGAGUAACAAAGCUUAUCAGAUUUUGGAUGUUACCAUAUCAUCUGACAAAGACAUGUACAAAGACCGAGUAGAUUUCUGGCUCAAGGACAUCCCUAAACUCCUUAACUCGACAGCUGAUCAGUCUUCUAUAGUUACAGAUAGUAAAAAGUAUAACUCAAAUGCAUCAAGCUUAUCAUUAUCAUAGAUUAACUGGUCAACUUCUCUUUAAGAAUAAAUACCCGAAAA